CAAAAGUGAAAAGCGGUACUGAGAAUAUUUUAAGAACAACGCAGAAUGUCUUUAUCGACAAGAUAUAAUGAAAACAUGACUGCAACACUGCCGUUAGCUUCCGUUGAGUAUGCUAUUUUCGACCUCAAUGAAGCAAUAACCGGAAGUGGUUAAAAAAAAGUGUUUUCUGUGCAGAACCGGGGAGGCAAGACAGUACAAAGGGCAACGUCAACGUUGCAAUUUCUGGAAAUGUAUUGGUGUCCACCAAUUUAUGGCACUUGACUUGUGAAGGUUUAGCUGUUGCAUAUUGACAUUAAAGGGCAACACAUAAUUUAUAUGAGACCUUCUUUUCACUCGUUUCGCAUCUUCAGGAAUUUAUUCUUUCAACAAACACCACAACCUCAAAGGCGAGGCUUGAGCGGCGCAGCUAUGCGCCUAGUUCAGUUUCAUCGCCAUGGUGACAAAGGAGGCAUCAGAGUGGGUGUGGAGCAGGGGGACGGGGGCCUGGGCGUGGUGGACCUCAAGGCCUUCGACCCCUCCAUGCCCUCCACGAUGAGAGAGCUGCUGGAGCUGGGAGACAAAGGUCUGCAGUGUGCACAGAGAGCCUUGGCCUCGGGUCAGUGUGUGUUGCAGCGGUCAGACAUCCGGCUGUUGUCUCCUGUGUUGGCACCGGAGAAGGUGGUGUGUGUGGGCAUGAACUACCGGGACCACUGCCUGGAGCAGAACGCCCCCAUCCCCGAAGAACCGAUCAUCUUCAGCAAAUUUCCAAGCGCCAUCACCGGGCCGUACGAUGACAUCAUCCUGCCCCCGGAGAGCCAGGAGGUGGACUGGGAGGUAGAGCUGGCCUUUGUGAUUGGGCGAAGAGGAAAACACAUCAAGGAGGAAGACGCUCUCUCCUACGUGGCCGGCUUCAUGGUGGCCAAUGACGUCAGCGCACGAGACUGGCAGAUGAAGCGCAACGGGAAGCAGUGGCUGCUGGGGAAAACGUUUGACAGCUUCUGUCCUCUUGGCCCGGCUUUAGUGACCACUGACGCUGUGAAAGAUCCUCACAGUCUGGGGGUGCGCUGCCUAGUGAAUGGCGACACGGUGCAGAGCAGCAACACGGAUCAGAUGAUCUUCAGGACGGAGGCGCUGGUUGCCUGGGUCUCACAAUUUGUGACCUUGACUCCAGGCGAUGUUUUCCUGACCGGCACUCCUCCAGGCGUGGGUGUGUUCAGAAAGCCACCGGUCUUUCUCAAGAGAGGAGACGUGGUGGAGUGCCAGAUAGAUCAAUUGGGCUCGGUUAUCAACAAAGUCGUCUGAAUAUGGAGACAAUCUGCUGCCAAAUAAAUAAACUGCACUUCUGAUGCGCUGCUGCACACAAUGAAUCGUAUAUGAUUGAUAUUUUCUUCCUACUGAUACAAUGCGAGUAAAUCUGCUGGAUAUGCGUUUAAAACAUACUUUUCCUGAUGAAUGUUAAUGGUAGUACAGUGAUUUUGCCUCGAGGUAAGGAACACAGUAUUUUUACUCCAUUUAAGGUUACAUGACUCAAUGUGUUGUGUGCAGUGACCUCGGUUAUCCAGUCAUCACUAGCUGUAAAGAUACCUCUCGAUCCGCAGCCACCCACUCAAGCUAUGCAGAUGGAGCAUGCAUUUUUUAAAUAUGCAAAUCAUUUCAACAUUCACUAUGAACUUUAUGUAAAACUUUUCAAAUAGCCACCUUCAAAUAAAAAGUGAGCAUAUUUUCCCAAAAGGGAAUUGAACUUAUCAAAUAAAAAAUGUUUUGUCUUCAAAGUGCAUCCGUUACUUUGGAGAACAUUCUUCAAAAUGA